UCAGUUUGACGACGGUGAAACACAGCCCAACCAAGAAGGGACGACGAAGAAAACGUACAAAGUGAUAGUGAAUUUUGCGAGAGACCUCAAAAAGCGUCUAAAACAUACAGAAUAACGAGCAUUUCAUCACUCUUAGGUCAUAUACCGUGAAAGUGCAACCCCUGCAACCCGUAGAAGAUUAUAGUGUCACCGGAAACGCUGCAUAAUGUUUACAGUAAACACACAUCAGCACCAACUGCUGUUUCAUCUCUCGCAAAUCACACCGCGCCAUAGUAAUAUCGCUUUGAAGAAGCAAAACAGGCACCAUGUUGCCAAUGCGCCAGGAAAGGAAGCAUCCUUUCUGGCCCAACAGGAUCCGUUUCUGCCAAGACUGAAGCAAUCACUGGUGAAAUUCUACACUGACAGCUUCCGGCAGUCGAUCGAAGAACCUCAGUCGGCGCCCGCAUGUGAAAUGUUCGAGCUUAAACUACCUCGUAGGAUUGAGCGUAGUCUUCAGAAACACUUCAGCAAUAUUCAGGUGUUAACCAGCAGCCGUGAGGACGUUCCCUGGAGCAUAAGUCUUACGCCUAAGGCGCGUAAAGGAUGUCGGGAACCGCCACAGCAGGAGACCGUCAGCUUCAGUGGUCAGACGGUCAAGCAGAUUGUGCGCAGCUUGCUGACGCAGAACGGUGGCGCCUACCACAAUCUAGCGUGGGUACAACAGCGCGGUUUUAAAACGGUUCGAUCCGUUAGUGCAGAGCAGAAGAGAAAUCCUGGACUGUUCACGCGAGUUAAGGAUACGUUGGAUACCGAUUCUUCAAUUGCAGCUGCACCGGCUCCGCAGAUUUCCCACAAAUAUGAACCGGUUCCGUUCAAUGCCCAAACGAUCAGCCCUCAGCAGUACAGCGAACCGUUCAACAAGCUGCUGAACGAAGUCAAUGACCCCACGAUACCGGACGAACAGAAGCAACGGUUGAAGAUCGCGUUCGCCGAGGGCUAUCUCACGGCGACCCAUCCGGACCAUGCGAACCGUUCCGGCAAAGCGAUGCGCUAUCUGAAGGUCCUGCAGCAGUUGCUGAUCAUUGUCGUGUUCAUCGGGAUCUUCAUCAGCCUGUUCGUCUCGACCAACGGGUCCGUUUUUAGUAGAAUACAAAUCGGCAACCAGGUCGAGGUGGACCCGGAGGACAUCUCGGUGACGUUUGAGGACGUUAAGGGUUGCGACGAGGCCAAGCAGGAACUGAAGGAGGUGGUCGAGUUCCUGAAGAACCCGGACAAGUUCAGCAACCUUGGCGGAAAGUUGCCGAAGGGUGUCCUGCUGGUGGGUCCACCCGGCACGGGAAAAACACUACUGGCACGGGCCGUGGCCGGCGAAGCUGGGGUUCCCUUUUUCCACGCGGCCGGGCCGGAGUUCGACGAGGUACUCGUCGGGCAGGGAGCGCGUCGAGUGCGCGAUUUGUUUAAGGCAGCCAAGGAACGGGCUCCGUGCGUUAUUUUCAUCGACGAAAUUGACUCGGUUGGUGCCAAGCGUACCAACUCCGUGCUGCAUCCGUAUGCCAAUCAGACAAUAAAUCAGCUGUUAUCGGAAAUGGACGGCUUCCAGCAGAACGAAGGAGUUAUUGUGCUGGGAGCGACGAACCGCAGGGAUGAUUUGGAUCAAGCUCUGCUGAGACCGGGUCGUUUUGACGUGGAAGUGGUAGUUCCGACGCCGGACUUUACCGGACGGAAGGAGAUCCUCACGCACUAUUUGAGUAAGAUCUUGAGCAAAGAGAUCAAUGUUGAUCAACUGGCCAGGGGUACGACCGGUUUCACGGGAGCGGAUAUUGAGAACAUGGUCAACCAGGCUGCUUUGAGAGCCGCUAUCGAUGGAGCCGAAACAGUGACGAUGAAGCAUCUUGAAAAUGCCAGAGAUAAGGUACUUAUGGGACCGGAGCGAAAAUCUCGCCUGCCGGACGAGGAGGCCAACAAAAUUACGGCGUAUCACGAAGGAGGACAUGCUAUUGUUGCCUACUAUACAAAGGAGUCCCAUCCCCUGCAUAAAGUAACAAUCAUGCCGCGAGGACCAUCGCUCGGCCACACAGCUUACAUCCCGGAGAAGGAGCGUUAUCACGUCACCAAGCAACAACUGCUGGCCAUGAUGGACACGAUGAUGGGUGGCCGAGCGGCUGAGGAACUUAUUUUCGGAGCCGACAAAAUCACGUCCGGUGCGAGCAGCGAUCUGAAACAGGCGACUUCCAUCGCGUCGCACAUGGUCCGCGACUGGGGUAUGUCGGAGAAAGUUGGUCUGCGCACCAUCGAAUCAUCCAAAGGUUUUGGCGCCGCCCCGGAGGUCCUGUCUCCAUCCACCGUGGAAGGCGUCGACAACGAAAUCAAGAAAAUUUUAAACGACAGCUACGAGCGGGCCAAGACGAUCCUCAAGCAGCACGCCAAGGAACACAAAGCGCUGGCAGAAGCGCUGCUCAAGUACGAAACGCUAGACGCCGAAGACAUCAAGGCUAUUCUCGGUGGAGAGAAGAUGCCGGUGGAAGAACACUAAGAUGAACAGCAGGGAAUAGAUGCUGAAUAAAUAUUGAUUUGUAUGUACAAGAAAACUGAAAAAAUGUAUAAGGAUAAAAAUUUGAGAGUUAAUAUUUGAAAAAAAAAACAGCAGGAAAUACACUCACAUGCGGUGAAAAUCUUCAGCGACAUGGCUUUAGGUAUACAUAUUAAGAUAAUUUAUAUUUAAUCCCAGCUUCCUUCCUUGUUUUAAUAGAAUCAACAUUUCGUAAUGUAGGCUUGUAAUAGUAGUUGUACUUUAAAUGUGUCGUGACAAGCCUACCAAGCGCUUAAAGAGCACCUCCAAAAACAUUUAAUUACUACAACUCGAAAUACGAUAAACCAAUUGUUAGACAGCUUUAGAACUACACCGGGAAAUAAACCAGGUUAAAAACUGAUAAAUCUGAUUCUAUGACGUUUAGAAUAUUUAAUUUCGGAGCACCAACCACCAGUGAAAUUGCAAAAAAGAAUAAAUACAAAAAAUGUUAAUUGAUCAAA